UACCAUUUUUUUUCUUUUCUUCAAACUAUCUAAGCCGCUUCGAGAUGAAUGAACCGUAAAUAAAAACCCUAAUCUCAGAUAAACCCCUUUCCCUUCCCUUCUUCUCCACCAGCCAUGGCGCUUCUUCUCCGCCUCAAAACAACAAAACUCAAAACCCACACUCUCACCAACUCUCCUUCAUUCCACCACCUCUUCUCCACCUCCAACCCCGGCGGCGACGGUGGCAACAACGGUAACAAACCUUCCUCCGACUCCCUCGCCGACGCUUUACGCGAUCUCAGAAACUCCCUCAAACAACAACCAUCCUCGAACACACCUUCCCCUCUCUCUUCCCCCAGUUCGCAAAAGAGCGAUAUCGUGAGCAAAAUCCAGAGUUACCGAAGCGCGACUCUUCCCGAAGAUCCAUCUUCGCAGAAGAAGCAAAUCUCGUUUCAGGAUAUUUACAGCAAUUUCCGGAAUCGUUCCGGUGAUUCCGAAGCAAAUGCUGGUUCCGAAGCCUCGAAACCCUCCACUCCCGGUCUCGAAGCUAUUCGUGGAAGCUUACGGCAGCUCAAAGGCACGAAUACAAAUACGAAUCCAAUGCCGUCCCCGAGGUGGAGGCCUUCUCCGAGUUCCCCGUUGUUCAGCGGGACUAGUACUACGCCGGAUUCGAUUUUCGGGAAAGAGAUAAGGGAACGACUAGUGAAGGUUAAUGAUCCUUCUGCAGCGAGUUUGAAGAAUUUCGAGUCUGUUAGGUUAUAUAGUCCUAAUGAGCUGGGUGAGAAAUUGAAGAAAUUGAGACCUCAAGUGAAGGGAAAGGAAUGGUUUUCGAUUGCUGAAUUGAAUGAGAGGUUGAAGAAAGUGAUGGAGAUGGAUGAAACUGAAGCUAAUUCAAGUUCCAGUGAUAAAGGAGUUUAUAACAUUUUGAGAAACUCUGUGAACCAUAUUAAAGCUAAAGAUGCUGAGAAACCAAAGAUAGCUUCACUGCAGAGAAUUGAUUUUUUGUCCAUAGUGGGUGGGACUCCAAGCUACAUGACAAAGCCUCCUAAAGAGCAUCUUGUUGAAAAGUAUUUUCAUCCAGAUAACAUGUCCUCUGCCGAAAAGUUGAAAAUUGAACUCACGAAGGUUAGAGAUGAAUUUAAGAUGUCCGAGUCAGAUUGUGGUUCUGCUCGUGUUCAAGUUGCUACACUCACAACCAAGAUUAAGCAUCUAUCAUCAGUUCUACACAAAAAGGAUGUGCAUUCUCGGAAAGGUCUGAUAGCAAUGGUUCAAAAGAGGAAAAAGUUGCUGAAAUACCUCAGAAGAACCGAUUGGGAUUCCUAUUGUUUUGUUAUCUCUAAGCUAGGUCUACGUGAUAAUCCAGAACAUACUUAUAAAGCUCGAACCGGUAAAUCGGGUGAUGUAGCCAAUUAAAUAAACCUCAGCAUAAACUAAUUGGAAAAAAAGAGAAAAAAGAACACCCAGCUGUUUUUAUAUAGUCUGAGUGUCCGACUAGCCGGGUCAUUUCCGGCGUUUGUUUUCAACCGAAACUGGUGGAUUGGCUUAGUCGCUGGUUUUCCAGAUUUGGCUUCUACAGCUAUGUUUCAUAUAUCAAUGGCUGAAGCAAUGUGUUGCUCCAUAUUUUAUUUAUGUACGACUGAGAAUAAUAUUGUUGUCAGCCCAUUAUAUUAUUUUGACCUUAUCUAGGUUUAGUUUAUUUUAACUGUUCAAUUUCCUA